AAAAAAGAGAGAUAACUCCAUAUUAUUAGAUUGCGAAUAGGUGUAUCAUCAACACAAAUACUUGAAAUACACAGUCUAGAUUUUUAGAUCUAGGCUAGACUCUAGAUCUAGUUCUAGUCCUAUUUGUUAGUCUCAACGUUACGUUCUGGGAAUUCGAACCAAUGUGACAUUACUGCAUAACAGCUGAACAAUGGACAAUGACAACUACUACAUUGUUCUGUGUAAAAAUCCAAUUCGUUUUGAACCAGUCAGCAAAGUCAACAAUGUCUUCUUUGAUGACGCCAAUAAACAGGUGUUUGCUGUCAGGUCUGGUGGCGCUAUGGGUGUUGUCAUGAAAGGGCCGGAUGAGAAAUCAUCAGCAUCGUUUAGGAUGGAAGACAGGGGUGAUAUAAUUUCAAUCAAAUUUUCUCCAGAUAAACGUAUUCUAGCAGCCCAAAGAAGCAGUAAGACAGUUGAAUUUUUAAAUUUUCAAGAAGAUCUAAACACAGACCAGCAAGAGUAUUCCCAAGCUUGUAAAGGUAAAACCACAGAGAUUCGAGGCUUUGUGUGGAGUUCUAAUACUGAGAUUAUAUUUAUUACUAGUGGAGGACUUGAACAUUAUCAGGUUUUGCCAGAAAAAAGAAGUUUGAAAAGUUUAAAGACUCAAGCCUUGCAGGUCAAUUGGUAUGUUUGGCUGGGCUCCAGCAAUUUAUUAUUGAUUUCUUCUGGGACACUUGGCAACACAUUAUAUCCUUUUCAAUUCAAAACACCAGGUGUUAUGACUAAACUUCCCAAAUUUGAAGUGGACUUACCUGCUAUGCCACGACCUCAGAAGCUAGCCUUAUUAGACCGGGAUGUCAUUAUGGCAGUUAUUUAUGAAAACUUGUACAUAGUUGUGUUGCGUCAUCCACCCUCUACAUCCACUGGAGCAGAAAUAGUUCUUUAUCAAAUACAAAAAGAGGGUCUGGCUAGAAAAACUGAUGUACUCAAGCUAGAAAUGAGUGGACGAUUUGCAAUCAAUGUUGUAGACAACCUGAUCAUGGUUCAUCACCAGGCUUCCAAGACAUCUGUGAUAUUCGACAUUCAUUUAGAAGGCAAAUCUGAUGGCUAUGUAACUUAUCACUAUCCAGUGUUAUCCCCCCUUGGUAUCAAACCCUUCAAACUUCUUCUUCCAUCUCUAAAUAUGCAAGCUGGAACAGACAGAGCAGAAUAUAACUGUGAACUUUACUCAGCAAAUUGGAUUGUAUUUCAGCCAGAUAUUGUUAUAGAUGCCAAACUAGGCUGUUUAUGGACUUUGCAAAUUAGUUUAAACCCUUUAGUAACCAUGAUUCCAGAUAAGGACCGGUUGAUACAGUUUCUUCUCAAUCGUACUGACUCCAAGCCAGUGAUACUAAACGUUUGUGCUCAGAUGUUGGUGCCAGGUAAACAGGCUAGCUUGCAGUCUCUAGCCAAAGUAUAUGAUAUGCUGAAUUUGACCUAUAAACAACACCUGGACAUACAGGGUCAGCUUUCUGCUGGUGAAACUGUCAGUGGAACUGGUAACAAAAAAGUUGUGAUAGAACAGCCUGAUAUGUUCACACAUGUUUUCUCAGUCUUUGAAGAACACAAGGACAUCAAAUACAAGUUUAUUGUAGCUGUACUCAUUGAAUACAUUAGAUCUCUAAAUCAGUUUGGUAUACUUGUACAGCACUAUCUCUAUGAACUGAUCAUCAAUAUUCUAGUCCAGAACAAUUGUUUCUACCAACUUCACCAGUUUCUUCAGUAUCAUGUUCUCAGUGACUCAAAACCAUUGGCUUGUUUGAUGCUUUCAUUAGAAACAGUUUAUCCUCCUGCCCACCAGUUAGCCUUGGACAUGCUCAAGAGACUUCAGACAGCGAAUGAAGAAAUUGUGGAAGUUUUACUUUCUAAACAGCAGCUGUUACCUGCACUCAGAUUUAUUCGAAGUGUUGGGAAUGUUGAUGUGGUCUCUGCCAGAAAGUUUCUAGAGGCAGCCUUGAACACAAAUGACAACAUGAUAUUUUAUACAGUUUUUAAAUUCUUUGAACAAAGAAACCUGAAGCUGAAGGCCAACCCCAGAUUUCAAACAGGUGAACAUUGUGAGCAGUAUGUCCAACAGUUUGAAUCUUUGUUUGGCUAUGAAGCUUUUAUGUCUUUACCUACAGUACAGUAAAGUCUGGAGAUUUGACAGGACAAGCCACAAUGGAUAGGAUUAGAGAUGAUUGAUGAGUCAAGAAAACUUCAGACAUUUAUUUCCAGAAACUGAACAUUUGAGAUUAUCUGAUGUACAGAUCAAUAAUUUGCCUGUUAAUACAAAUACUUUGAUAUUUAUUUACUCUUUAUUUAUCUACAGCUCAGUUUUUGUGAGCCAGACACCAGUGGAAGCAAUACUUAGAAAACAAAAUGAAUUUAUUGAGGCUUAUAGCGAAACAGUUUUUGGAUUUUGUAAAGUUUAAAAAUUAAACAUUGUUAUAAUAUCAUAUUUGUAGUCUAGUGAGAAUGUUAGACUAGGUUUUUUUUUAGGAUUUUUUU